AUGGACAGGACUGCAAGAGGGAAGUGCUACAGGCUAGUUGCUAGAGAGGGAGAGAGACCGGGAACAACGCCACGCAACGGGCAGUACUAUAAACGAGAAGUGCUACAGGUUCACGAGAGGUCGCAAAUGACUGACGUGCUUAUGGGGCUACUAAAGAAAAUAGCUAAAAAACGCAAGAACCUCAAGCUUGUGGUAUCCUCAGCGACUAUGGAUGCGGAGUUCCUUCGGGACUUCUUCAAUGUAAGGGACAAAAAGGACUCAGAACGGGGAAGCUCAUCUGUGAUCAUGUCAAUGCAGGGCCGCACUCAUCCUAUAGACGUUUAUUAUUCGGCUGAGCCAGUAGCGGACUACGUGAAAGCGACUGUAGAUACGGUCAUAAAAAUCCACGAGAAUGAGCCCUUUGGAGAUGUACUGGCUUUCCUCACGUCUCAGGAGGAAAUCCUCGAAGCUCUAGACACACUUCGUACCUAUGCAGAAGAAAACAACCAAAAGAACAAACACAGAAGACAUUUCCCCAGCGGCGUUCAAGCAGCCAAUCUAAACGUGGUGCCAAUGUAUGGCAGUCUACCUCAUUACAAGCAGAUACAAGCGUUCCAGAUUGGGGACAAGAAUGUCAGGAAGGUCGUCUUGGCUACAAAUAUUGCGGAGACGAGUGUCACUAUACCUGGGAUUGUCUAUGUCCGGCCCACGCGUGGACGUCAUCCCAGCCGCGCAGCCCACUCGCUCGCCGAGCCGCUCGCCGCGCUCGUCUGCUACACGGCACGCCAGCGACACGGCGGCUGCUACCCGAGGCUGCGUCACGCAUACUUUGUGGCCGAUCUCGUGGAGAUACUGGAAGAAAAA